AUGGUUGUCAAGUAUACUCUAAAGUUAUUAUUGUUGAUUAUCAGACAAGAUAUAAUUCACUGUGAUAAUAUGGUUGAAGAUAAUGUGAUACAAGAAGAUGAAAAAGAUGUUAUACUACCUGCUUCAGAAAAUAAUGCAAAUAUGAAUGUUACGGUUGUUUUAGAAGAAAUCCCUGAUUUUAAACCUAAAGCAACUGAGUUAGAAUCUGAAUCAGAUAUAGCUGAAGAUGAAUCUGAAUCGAUUAAAAAACCUGUUCAAAAAAAAGUUACUAAAUCAAAACCCAAGUCCAAAAAACAAACAGUUGAAGAUACCAAAGUAGUAAAAACUAGAAAAAGAGCUGCUAGUGAAGAUCGGCAAGUAUUGAAAAUCGAAGAAAAAGUAGUUAGUAAAAGUCGAAAAAGACCAGUUGAUAAAAAUUUACCAGAAUCUCUAAAACCAGUUUCUCCUUUAAACGAACUACCAAAAAGAAAUAGGAGAGCAGCUAGUGUGGAUAUACUUUCAUCUGAAACUUCAUCAGAUAAAGUACCCAAAAAAAAAGUUAAUAAUAAAUCCUCUAAAGCUGCAAUUGUUGCAACUGAAGAUGAUGCACAAAAAAAACAAAAAAAGGGAAUAAAGAAGGAAGAACAACCUAAAAUAAUGGAAACAAAAAAUGAUGAAACAAAAAUUUUAGAAAAAAAUUCUAAGGGGAAAAAGAAUACAAAAAAAGUAUCAAACGAAGAAAAAGAAAAUGUUGUAACAACAGAACAAAAUGAUACGGAAGUAGCUUUAAAUAGCAUUCAAGAAAAACCAAAAUCUAAACGAGGCAUUAAAAAGGUCAAAAUAGACGAAUUGGUUGAAGAUGAGGUUGAAGAUAAUAAGGAAGAAAAGGUACCCAAACCUUCAAGUAGAAGCAGAGCAGCUUCAAAAGUUAUGGUUAAACAAAACAUCGAAAAAGAUUCAGAAAAAAAACAAAAAAGAGUUCCUAAAACCAAAAAAAAUAUGAAGUCAUCUGAAGGAUCUGAAGAGUCCAGUGAAAUAAAUGAGACUGAUGAUUCUAAUAAAUCUCCAGAGAUAAAACCGAAACGUGAGCGUAAAUUCAAACAAAUUGAUGUUGAGCAAAAAGAUAACGAUUUCAAAGAAAUUAAAGCACCAAAACGCGGUGGUCGUAAGGCUAAAGUUGAAGACCUCGAUGAAGAAGAAGUACAACAGAAGAGCCCUACAGCAGAGCAUGAAAGUAACCAAGAAUCUGGAGACACGGUUGAUGAUCUUCCGGACACCCCAGAGUCCGAAAAAAAAGAGGUCAAACCGAUAGCAGCAAGGCGUAAAACAAAAACAAAGUCCAAGAAAUAAUUAUUACAGAAAAACUAUUUACAAACUUAAAAUUACAUAUUAAAAG